AAGGUGGUAUGAUGGAAGCCUGGGCGGUGAUCUUCUCUUCCGAGCGAGGGCACAGUGUAUGGAUGUGAAUGCAGGGAGUUACAGGUGGUCUGAGUCCCGCAGCAAAGUGUGCCAGAUGUGUGACAUGGGAGAGGAUGAGGCGGUGGAACAUGUGGUGCUGGAGUGUGUGAAGUAUGCCAGAGACAGGAAUGAGAUGAUGCAAGUGAUACUGACUGAGUUAGGGCAUGAUAGGAAUGAAAGAGUGGAUAAGACAGGAAAGGAAUGGAUGGUAUUGUUGCUGGGACUGUGUAGAGAGGCGAAUGAAAGGAUGAUUGAGGCGGUGAAAGAGUUUCUGGAGAGAAUGUGGCGUGCCAGGUGUAUGAACAAUUAGGAUAGAGGAUGCUGUUCGUUUCUCUUUUUUUUUCCCCUUCUACAGGAGUAGCCGAUCCAAAGGCCUGGCUCAGGAGUGAUCCUGUGCCACCUGUACCAUCAAGAUCAAGAUCAAGAUCAGUGUUUUCAACUUGACAACACACGUGCAUUAUUACGACUUCGUGGAGCCUUGUACUUUGCGACUAGUAACAAUGGGGAAAAAAGAUAAAAAAAAAGGCUCAGGGGCGGCGAAGACAGCAGCCAAGACAGAAAAAAAGGCUAAUCUCAAGCUGAAAAAAGAGUUGGUGGCCAAAGGCGAGGAGGACUUUGACACACUCCUUGCAAAAUUUGCUGCUGAAGAUGCAGCACUGAAUACUGUGAAGGAAGAGGUGGUGUCUCCUCCAGGCCGUAGAUCUUGUUUCACCCUGACACCCCACCCAACACAGGAUCAACUCAUUCUGUUUGGAGGAGAAUACUUCAAUGGUUCCAAGACUAUGAUGUACAAUGACCUAUUCUUGUACCACAUCAAACAUGACCGUUGGGUCCAAGUACUGGGUCCCCACAGUCCACCACCAAGGUCAGGUCACCAGGCUGUGGCAGUAGCUCGGGGAGGAGGACAACUGUGGAUCUUUGGAGGGGAGUUCAGCAGUGUGACACAGUCCCAUUUUUACCACUUUAAAGACCUUUGGGUUUUUCAUCUUUCUGAAAACAAAUGGGAGAAAGUCACACUGGUGAGAUUGGUGCCUCCAUUGCAUGAGAGCACCUCAGGAAUUUCGAAUCUGGUGAACCAUCGCUGGAAUGACGUGAUGAGGCGAGCGCUAGUGGCCUCUCCGGGCAGGGCUGGUGGAGGACCGUCAGCCAGAAGUGGACACCGGAUGACAGCUCUUGGGAAUCAGCUGCUGGUCUUUGGUGGCUUCCAUGAUAAUGGAAUCCAUUUCCGCUACCACAACGAUUUAUACUUGUUCUCUUUAGAUGACCGCAAGUGGACCAAACUGGCAGUUGUUGGAAAUGGUCCAUGCCCACGUUCAGGGUGCCUACUGACUCCUGCGCCCAAUGGAAGUGUGUUGCUAGGUGGUGGCUACAGCAAGGAGACUGCCAAGAAGGAUGAAGAGAAAGGUGUAACACACACAGACAUGUUUCUUCUCACUCCAGAAAAACAUGACAAGUCUGGCAACAGGUGGAAGUGGCAGAGUGUGCGGCAGGGUGGAGUACGGCCUUCACCUCGCUGUGGUGCCUCACUAGCUGCAGGAACAGGGGAACGUGCCUAUAUCUUCGGGGGUGUCUAUGACCAGGAGGAUGAGGAUGAUGAUGAAGGGGGACUCAAAGGAACCUUUUAUAAUGAUCUCUUUCUGUUGGAUCUGAAGAAGGUUGCCUGGCAUACUGUGACUGUUUCUGGAAAAAAAGGGGAAAGUGAGAAGAAAAACAGGAGAAAGAAGAAGGAUCAUGGAGAAGAGGAGAGUGAUGAAGAGAUGGAGGAGAAAAUGGAAAGCUUAAAGGUUGCGGAAGAAGCAAAGAGGAAAGUAGUCAGUGAUGAUGGAGUGUUUACAGUUACAGUUGGACCCUCAAGCUCAGCAGGUGGUCAGGCCAGCAGCAAUCAAACAAAUACUGGUGGCAGCUAUCCAGAAGUAUUUGUGCCCCCACCCCGGAUGAAUGCUGGGGUGGCAGUGAAGCGUGGAACACUCUACUUGUAUGGGGGCAUGUUUGAGGACAACCAUAAACAACUCACUCUCAAUGAUUUCUAUGCACUGGACCUGAACAAGUUGGAUGAGUGGAGGAUCAUCAUUCCCCUGGAUCCAGCAGACUUUGAGUGGUUUGAAAGUGAGGAUGAAGAUAACAAUGAAGAUAGUGAUGAUGAUGAUGAUGAUGAUGAUGAUGAUGAUGAUGAUGAUGAUAAGGAAGAGGAGGAAGAUAAUGGUGAUGAAAUGGAAGUAGAAACAAAUGACAUGGAAAUAGAGUAAAGUUAUACCUCCUUAUUUACUUUUUUUUUUUUGUUGAUGUUAUGACAUGCCAUUCUUUAAUCAUCUUGAAUGUGUUUUUGUCUUGUGUAUUGUCUUGAAUGUUUUUUUUUCUUUUUUUCAUUUUUUUCAUACAAGCUCAUAAUUAUAGUGCUAAAAUACUGCACGGUAACUAAAAGCAUUUGUACAUUUCUAAUACCAUAUUCCAAUAAGGCACUCCCUCCAAGGUAAGAGAUAUUGUCCAGUAGAAACAAAAUCCUCCCUCAUUAAGCAUCAUUUGAAGCCAGGGUCGCAGAGCAAUACACAUGAGCACCAACCAUUUCAUUUUGAAAUGGAAAUUUAUAUGAAAGUACUAAUGUAGAAAUUUUAUGGGAAGUCAAGAUUACUAUAUUGAUAGGUGCUUCAGUUCAGCAGUAGCCAUAUACCCUGCCACUUUCAUCCUCAGUGUUAUUUCCUGCACAAAGCAUCUUUUUUGCUAGCAUUCUGCAUUAUUGCUUUAUUUUUUAGAGUAUUGUACUAUUAUUCUCCAGGUAAGUUAUGUCCAGUGAAUGUGAAUAGGUUGAUGGGAUUGAGCAACAGCCUUCCACAAGUGAAGGUAUUGUUCCUAAGCUGUUUUAUUCAAAGAGAAGACAAAAGCUUUACAGCCUCACAAGUCUAGGUGAAGACCUGUACUACUAAUAACUCUGAUAAUGAAAGUAAAUCAAGUUCAUUUAUAGCAUAUGACUCCAUUCUUGAUCCCUAUUGUAUUCUUGGUGAUGUUACUGUAACAGGUGCUGAUUCUGAAACAAAUAAGUGAGUUUAAUGGAGGGCCAAGUGGUAUUAAGUUCUGAAUAAACAUUAGAUUGGUGCACCAAGGUCAAAUUCCCAGCAAAUCUUUCCAUGUUCCCAUCUUAUAAUGGGAAUGACACAUUAUAAAAAAAAAGAGUUGCUUUUUGUAUCACAAUGUUAACUAUAUGUAGAAAGAAACAGUGGCAGGACAUGGAUCAGAGGAAAUAUGUAAUUAUUUACUAAGGAGCUUGAGUUAGAGCAAAAUGUGAACUUCAACAAAAUUACUGCUUUUGCAAACUAGGUAAAGCAAGGUAAAGCAAGAA